GUGGACUCCCGCUAAUGUACAGCCCAGCCCCACGAGGCGAUUGCGAAAAUUGCUGCCCCAUCCGGGAACCGAAGGAUAUUCAGUUUUUCCUGUUCACAAGACAAAACCGUGACAAGGGAGAUGUGCUCUUCGUUUCGGACAAGAAACAUCUGCGAAAGUCCCACCUCAACAGGACCAAUCCGUUGGUGAUCUAUAUGCAUGGGUUCUCGGAACGGGCACCAGGCGGCGCCGGCGAGAGCAGCAAACAGAUGAAGGAUGCUUUUCUGGACGCCGGUGAUUACAACGUGGUUCUGGUGGAUUGGAGCCCCCUAACGGCGCUCCCGUGGUACGUCAACUCGGUGCAGAAUGGGCCCCGAGUAGGGCGGUACAUAGCGCGGUUCAUUCGAUUUCUGGUCCUAUCGAAUUACCCCCUGAAGCAGAUCCAUCUGAUUGGGUUCAGCCUUGGGGCGGAAGUGGCCGGUUUUGCCGGCAAGACGCUGAACGAGUGGGGCAUGAAGCUGCCCAGGAUUACGGUUCCGGAUCGGGGGAAGGCAACAAUGGACCUGGGAGCUUCGGUCGAUCGAAAAAAAAAGAAACCUCCAAACUUUGGCAACUAA